CUGACCAUCCCGACCUUGCUCCUCUUCCACUUUUCACCAUGACAGUUCCCAGAGAAAUUGCCCAGUCCACCGGUGACAAGACCGCCGCCCAGUUCAGCGUCUCUCCUUCAACCUUCCAGUCCCCCAUCUCCAGUUCCAGCUUCAUGGCGUCCGCACUCGCCCACCGCUCUGCGCCCAAGCAGCUCAAGCCCUUCAACACUGAGGACGUCAAGAUUCUGCUCCUCGAAAAUGUAAACCAGACCGGCCAGGACAUCCUCAAGGCCCAGGGCUACCAGGUUGAGUUCCUCAAGACCUCCCUGCCCGAGGACCAGCUCAUUGAGAAGAUCAAGGAUGUUCACGUCAUUGGCAUCCGCUCCAAGACCAAGCUGACUGCCAACGUUCUUCGGGAAGCCAAGAACUUGCUCGUCAUCGGCUGCUUCUGCAUUGGUACCAAUCAGGUUGAUCUGGACUAUGCUGCUCAGCAUGGUAUUGCUGUUUUCAACUCGCCUUUUGCCAAUUCGCGCAGUGUCGCCGAGUUGGUGAUUGCCGAGAUUAUCACCCUCGCCCGCCAGCUGGGCGACCGCUCCAACGAGAUGCACCGCGGCACCUGGAACAAGGUGAGCGCCAAGUGCUGGGAGAUCCGUGGCAAGACCCUUGGUAUUGUUGGUUACGGCCACAUUGGCUCGCAGCUGUCCGUUCUGGCGGAGGCCAUGGGUAUGACUGUCAUCUACUAUGACGUCGUUACCCUAAUGGCCAUCGGCACGGCUCGCCAGGUGCCUACUCUCGAGGAUCUUUUGGCGGAGGCUGACUUUGUCACCCUCCACGUCCCUGAGACGCCCGAGACCAAGAACAUGAUCUCCAACGACCAGUUCGAGAAGAUGAAGACCGGCUCCUACCUCAUCAACGCCAGCCGUGGUACCGUUGUCGAUAUCCCUGCGUUGAUCAAGGCCAUGCGCAGCGGCAAGAUUGCCGGUGCCGCUCUAGACGUUUUCCCCAACGAGCCGGCUGCUAACGGCGACUACUUCACCAACGAUCUCAACCAGUGGGGCGAAGAUCUGCGUGGGCUCAACAACAUCAUCCUCACCCCCCAUAUUGGUGGCAGUACUGAGGAGGCUCAGCGCGCCAUUGGUGUAGAGGUCGCCGAUGCCCUCGUGCGCUACAUCAACCAGGGUGUCACCACUGGCAGUGUCAACGUGCCCGAGGUUACCAUGCGCUCUUUGACGCUGGAUGAGCCCAACCACGCUCGCGUCAUCUACAUUCAUCGCAACGUGCCUGGUGUACUGCGCAAGGUCAACGAGAUUCUCGCCGAACACAACGUCGACAAGCAGAUUUCGGAUUCCAAGGGCGAUAUUGCGUAUCUCAUGGCUGACGUUAGUGACGUCAAGCAAGACGAUAUCAAGAACAUUCGCGACAGCCUGGAUUCCCUCAGCUCGCGCAUCCUCACUCGCAUCCUUUACUAAACGGGAAGGAUCGGAACAGUGUACAUGGCAAGAAAAGGGGGUUAAGAGUUGCCUUGGGGUGCGGUCAUGAGUCAUGAUAUCUGGCGUCGCGGAGUCCGUCGGGUGGAUGCACAAACAACGAUUUCAACAUGAUCUCUUUCUCUCUUACGGUAUGCCCACCCGGUGCGUGUGCGUCCCGAGGAAGGGGAGAGAAAAGGUCGAACAUGACGACGUUCCUGGCACUGGUUCAACAUCUAGUCUUUUUCAUCAAGUUUUGUUUUUUUUGGUCGAUGGU